AAUCUUUUCCUUUGCUCCACCUCUGAGUGACUCUUCCGUCUUACUUAGUUUCAAGAAUCCCUCUCAGACCCAUUUGGCCUCUACCCAACUUCGGAUUCAACCUCCUUCAAUUUCCUUGUUUCAGACAGAAAACUCAAAUCUCCAAGGAUUUCUGGUUGCCUUGCAAGCCUAUUUUAUUAGAUCAGUAAGAUGCCAAGGGAACAGACAAAUGCUUCAUCAGUUGCACCAGACAAGUCAAUAGCAUCCGAUGAGAAGGUUGGUAUUGAUGAAGACAAUGAUCCUGAUGAGGCAAUGGAUGAAGAGGUCGAGUAUGAGGAAGUUGAGGAAGAAGAAGAAGUAGAAGAAAUAGAAGAAGAGGUGGAAGAAGAAGAGGAAGAAGAGGAGGAGGAGGAAGAAGAAGAGGAGGAGGAAGUUGAAGAAGAGGUGGAUGAUGAAGAUGCUAAUAAUGCUAAUACUGCCACUGAAAUUGAUGUCAAGAACUCAGUGAGCAGUGAAGAGGAGAAGAAAAAACAUGCUGAACUUCUUGCCCUUCCUCCACAUGGUUCUGAAGUUUACAUUGGUGGCAUUCCUCAUGAUGCUACUCAGGAUGAUUUAAAGGUCUUUUGUGAAGCUGUAGGAGAAGUUACACAGGUACGGAUUAUGAAGGGAAAAGAUUUAGGUGACAGUAAGGGCUUUGCAUUUGUGACAUUCAGAAACAUGGAGAUGGCUUCUACUGCUAUUGAUGAGUUGAAUAAUACUGAAUUUAAGGGCAAAAGAAUAAAAUGUUCAACAUCUAAAGCAAAGCACCGGUUAUUCAUUGGUAAUGUUCCAAGGAGUUGGGGAGAAGAAGAUCUGAGGAAGGCUGUGAUGAAGGUUGGUCCUGGAGUCACCGGUGUAGAACUGGUCAAGGAUAUGAAGAACACAAGCAAUAACCGGGGCUUUGCUUUCAUUGACUACUAUAACCAUGCAUGUGCUGACUAUUCAAGGCAGAAAAUGAUGGACUCAAAAUUUAAGCUGGAUACUAAUGCUCCAACAGUGAGCUGGGCUGAUCCUAAAAAUGCCGAGUCUUCUGCUGCUUCACAGGUGAAGGCAGUUUAUGUGAAGAAUUUGCCCAAAACUGUGACCCAAGAACAGUUAAAGAAGCUUUUUGAACACCACGGGAAAAUCACGAAAGUGGUUCUGCCAGCUUCAAAAUCAGGACAGGAGAGGAAUAGAAUUGGUUUUGUACAUUUUUCCGAGAGGUCAAGUGCUAUGAAAGCAUUGAAGAACACUGAAAAUUAUGAACUCGAUGGUCAGCUGUUGGAGUGCUCUCUUGCAAGGCCACAGGCAGAUCAAAAGUCUGGUGGAUCGAAUUCCCAGAGGUCAGGGUUGAUUGCUAGUUAUCCACCACAUGCUGUUUAUGGUGUGCCUGGGGGUGCCUAUGGGGCUCUUGGUGCAGGAUAUGGUGCUGCAGGUUUUGCACAGCCAUUGAUGCCUGGACCAGGACCGGCUCCUCCUGGCAUGGCAAUGAUGCCAAUGCUUCUGCCUGAUGGACGGAUCGGAUAUGUUUUGCAACAACCAGGGCCUCAGCCAUACCAACAUCCACACCCACACUCACACCCACACCCACACGCGUCGCAUCCACAUCCGCGAAAUAGUGGUCGGGGUGGUGGUGGGAGCGGUAGCAAGAGUAGUGGUAGUUCAAAUAAGGGAAGACACCACAAUGAUGCUGGACAUGGGCGCAGAUAUCACCCAUAUUGAUUGUUCUAGUAAUUGUUGCAACUUGGGAAGGCCUGCAUUCUCUUGUGUACCAGGUUAUAAUAGUUAUGAAGUUGUAACUGCAUGAUUAUGUAUGGAAGUCUGUUUAGGAUUCUGAUUCUUCAUUCGGCAACAGAUAUAUAAUAUUUGUUAGUUGCAUAAAUAUUGUUGUUGG